AUGGUGAACAAGGAACCGCUUCUGGUAGCAAAACACCCCGAUACCCUUCCGCUAAAGAAACCGAAUCGACACCUUGACAGCUUUCAGAAGACAUCGCAGAGUGCAGCGUUCACGGAGGCGGCGGUCUCGAAAGGCGCUGCAAGGAGGGCAGAAGAUCACUCUGUGGGAUCUUUUGCGACAUCGCAAUCGAGAUCGUGGGCCAAUGGGGUGCCGGAAGGUGGACAUUACGCGGAGGCUAUGAAAACACUUAGAAGAAAUCGGGGGUUGAUUACUGCCGAAAUUGAAGGCCUGCUCGCGGAAGAAAUGGCGGCAGUGAAUCAUGUCCCUCAAGUGAAGGAGAGUAGUGAUGACGUUUCUAUAAUCUCGAAUACCCAUCGGGCUCGUGGGGAAAAUAAUGUGCGUAUAUCGCCUGAAAGCAGUGAAUUAUUUAAAAGUAUUGCUGAGGACCAGCUUGGACCUUCUAAGCGCCGAACGCCGGGCCUGGUUUCAAAGUCCGUCACUUCACCGGCCGCCUCUUCUUCUCAACCAAUCCACAGAGACGUCGUCCAGCCACCUACACAGCCACGAGCACAACGGUUUUCUAAACGUUCGGCAAGAUUGUCUGCAGGUCCUAGCCAUUAUAUCGCCCCGCACAAAGACUUGAAUACCCUUAUACAGAGAAAUAUGGAAAGGGAGAAUAAUCUACAGUACCAAAUGCAGAACCCAUCUGAGCAUGAAUUUGAGAAUGAGUUUUUGCACCUGAGCGUUGGUGAAGUGAAUGAUAUCCGCGAGUGGCUCCAACUUACCGGCUACUAUGAUGAGCAAUACCGCUUUAAAACUCUGCAGCGUCGUAGGCGUUUGGCUGCUUUGGAGCAAGAAAUGACCGACCUGAGGAAAGAGGACCAGGAUGAGCGUGUCGCAUUAUUAGCAAAGCACGAUGAUGCAGUUCGUCCUUUAGCGUACUCGAAGCAAACUGCCAUCGAGUCAAUGGCCCGGAAAUAUAGUGGAAAUGCGAGCCCUUACUUGAUGUCAGGUAACAAUGAAUCUGGGCCCCGCUCCAAUAAAGCCGUGGUGCACAACGAUAUGAACGACACCCCUUCAGAUUUGAAUUAUAAUCCGGGCCGUAAACCACUCAUGCAUCCAACUAGGGAGCAAAACUUGAAGCGUGGCUUGUCGCCUGUGCCGCUGGAGGAUCCAUGGAAAAAGUCUAGGUUGGAGAAUUGGGGACAAAGCAGCCAUACUGAAGGUGCGGUUUCAUUCAAACCAUAUGUUGAGUUCCACUUGAUCUAA